AUGUCUAGCAAUCCAAAAGCAGAUGAGAACAACAAAAAAAUUGAACGUUCACCUUAUCAUGAACGCCAGAGACAAGGUCUAUGUGCGUUACAUACGCUAAAUUGUACUUUUCAAGAUGGUGCAUUUACCAAAAAAGAUCUCGAUAAUAUUUGUUUCGAAUUAUCUGGCAAAAAAUGGUUCAAUCCACAUAAAAAUUAUAGCGGGUUCUAUGAUGUCAACGUUAUUAUUUCAGCCUUACGAAAAAAGUCCUAUUCCUUGAUUUGGUUCGACAGAAGAAAGAAAAUAUCAAGCAUAAAUUUUAGCAACGUCUUCUCAUUUGUUGUCAAUAUUUCAACUAAUUUCAAACUAUGUUGGUUGGUAUUAAAAUCUUAUUGGAGCCAUUGGUUUAGUAUCCGUCAAAUUGGUGAUAAUUACUACAAUCUGGAUUCGAAAUUAACUCGUCCACAGCAAGUACAAAAUAUUACAGAUUUCUUGCAACCAUAUUCCAUUAACCCAAAUUGUCAUAUAUUUCUUGUGGUUUCUGAGGAUGUAGAAAAGGAGAAAUCGUGGCUAAUUGAUGAUGAAUCGACUACCUCAGAUUAA